CGCUGCUUCCCCCCCCGAGCGACCGUUUCCCCGAGAGAAACGAUGGCGGGAUCCAAGCCCCAGAGGAGGGUUCUUCUGCUGUGCGGGGAUUACAUGGAAGACUACGAGGUGAUGGUUCCGUUCCAGGCGCUCCUGGCGUACGGGGUGCCGGUGGACGCCGUUUGCCCCGGGAAGAAAGCCGGCGAUGUCUGCCGCACCGCUGUUCACCAGAUGGGCGCUCACCAGACUUAUUCCGAGUCUCGGGGGCACAAUUUUACGUUAAAUGCCACAUUCACUGAAAUCAAAUUCAGUGAAUAUGAUGGCCUAGUCAUACCAGGAGGACGAGCUCCGGAGUAUCUUGCGAUGGAUCAAUCUGUUGUAGACUUGGUUAGCAAAUUUUCUCAUGCUGGAAAGCCAAUUGCCUCUAUUUGUCAUGGCCAGUUGAUAUUGGCUGCUGCAAAUGUUGUUAAAGGUCGCAAGUGCACCGCAUUCCCUCCUGUGGGACCUGUACUGAUUGCUGCAGGUGCUCACUGGGUUGAACCUGAGAGCAUGUCACUCUGUGUUACUGAUGGCAAUCUUGUGACUGGGGUCGCAUACACUGGGCAUCCUGAGUUCAUCCAGUCUAUUGUGAAGGCUUUGGGCGGCAGCAUUACUGGGUCGGAAAAACGGAUCUUAUUUUUAUGUGGGGACUACAUGGAAGAUUAUGAGGUAACCGUACCUUUUCAGUCUCUUCAAGCUCUAGGGUGCCAUGUUGAUGCAGUCUGCCCCAAGAAGAAGAUCGGUGACACUUGCCCAACUGCAAUUCAUGAUUUUGAAGGUGACCAGACUUACAGCGAGAAACCUGGCCAUGAUUUUACUCUUACAGCUAACUUUGAAGGUUUAGAUGCCUCAAGUUAUGAUGCCCUUGUCAUCCCUGGAGGUCGUGCCCCAGAAUAUUUGGCCUUGGAUGGGAAGGUGAUUGCUCUAGUUAGGGCUUUCAUGGAGGCCAAGAAGCCAGUUGCCUCCAUUUGUCAUGGGCAGCAGAUUCUAUCUGCUGCUGGUGUUCUCAAGGGGAAGAAAUGUACAGCAUAUCCUGCUGUGAAGCUCAACGUGGUACUGUCAGGUGCCACUUGGUUAGAACCUGAUCCAAUCGAUCGUUGCUUCACCGAUGGAAACUUGGUCACUGGAGCAGCUUGGCCUGGUCACCCAGAGUUCAUUUCUCAGUUAAUGGCACUAUUGGGUGUAAAGGUAACCUUCUAGCUGAUGUUCCUGCUUGUACAUGUAUCAAAUAAACAGCAUAGGGUUCACUUCCGUGCUGGCUAUAAGAAGGAAGAAUGAGAGAGUUGUGUGUUCUGUGAGUCACUUGAAACAGUACAUGGCCCUGGAUGUUGACAGAGUUUUGCACUGAAGUUUUCUGUUAUAUAUGGUCUAUUAGUGAAUAUUACAUCUCGUUUAAUCAAUCUCCGCUGAUCCAUCGUUCUC